AUGGCGAUCAUUACAUCCAAUUCCCAGAAAGACGACCACACCCCUGCGGGGGACAGCAUAGAGAUGAAAAUUCUCAUUUUCGGCGAUCAAUCGACCGAGACCUUCGAAGCACUGUCUAGCCCACAGGCUCUCAAAAGCUCUGCCGUGCAAGACUUUCUUACCAAGUGUAACCUUGCACUUCGUCGAGAAUUUUCCUUGCUUCCUCGAAUCGACAAGCAACAAUUCCCCAAUAUACCAUUGCAUGCGGAUGCACUGCAGGACUGGGCACAGUGGGGAAAGACACAUCCUGUUCUGAGACCCGUUUUGACAGCGGCAUCGCAAUGUGUGCAAAUACUGCAAAGUCCUGAUACAGAAGACGUCGACUAUUCAAAACAUUGCAUUCUGGGUUCAUGCACAGGUUUGCUGGUAGCCGCUGCUAUAACUGUGGGCUCGUGCAAACCGUCUACAUGGGUUCAAUUGGCUGUACACAUUGUUUGUAUUGCGUUCCGCAUUGGAGUUUAUACAGCAAGUGUUGGUGAUCGUUUGACCAGCAGCAACGGAAGUUGGUCCCAUACUAUCUACGGAAAGCUUGACCCACAAUUGCUCUCCAAGUUUCAUCAAGUCGAGGGCAUCACUUUACCCAAUUCCGCAUAUAUAAGUGCGACGACCCCCAGCUCGACGACAAUUUCCGGCCCUCCACAGACAUUGAAAAGACUUUUUGCGUCGGAAUUAUUCCAGUCCACAGGGCAGAAGUCUACACCACUUCCCGUUUUUGCUCCGUACCAUGCAUCUCAUCUCUAUAGAGAGGCUGAAAUUGACUGGAUCAUUGGAAUCCAGGAUCUGCCAACGCGGCAACUAAUUGGUGAAUUUGAGCUAAGAUCUCACAUCAUCUCCAGCAACAAUGGAAAGCCCUUCACCGCUUCAAACAUGCCUGAUCUUCUCGGCCAAGUCGUCCAUGAAAUUUUGAAAAAAGUCCUUCGAUGGGACUUGGUUGUUGAGGAGAUUACCACUCUCAUUCCUGUCACGUCUACGGUUAGCAUCAAUGGGAUUGGUGCUACGGGCCUGGCAAAGAGCCUUCUGUCUUCACUGACAGCGAAUGGGGUUUGCGACGUAUCCUUGAGUUCAGUUUUGCAUGAACCCAAUAUCAAAUCCUCAAUGAGAGAUGAGCAAUCGACAUCUGCGGGGUCUAAGAUUGCCAUUGUGGGCAUGUCUGGCAGAUUUCCCGAGGCAAAGAAUACCGACCAGCUUUGGGAGGUUCUGCUGCAAGGGAUCGAUGCCCACAAAGUGAUACCGAAAGACCGUUUCGAUGUUGACACACAUCUCGACCCCAGCGGCAAGCAGAAGAACACCACUAACACUCCGUACGGCUGCUUCGUCGAGGAACCCGGACUGUUCGACCCGGCAUUUUUCCAGAUGUCACCAAGAGAAGCCACUGUCACAGACCCGAUGCAAAGGUUAGCGUUGGUGACUGCUCAUGAGGCGCUGGAGAUGUCCGGUUACGUACCCGACCGAACGCCAUCUUCGAUGUUGGAUCGAGUGGGUACCUUUUAUGGCCAGACUAUCGACGAUUACCGCGAUGUAAAUGCAGCGCAGAACAUUGAUCCAUUCUAUGUAACAGGUGGCCUUCGACCGUUUGGACCGGGACGGAUCAAUUACCACUACAAGUUCACUGGUCCCAGCUAUUCUGUCGAUACAGCCUGUUCCUCUAGCCUCGCAUCAAUCCACGUUGCUUGCAACUCUUUGCGUAUUAAAGAAUGCGACACUGCCAUUGCAGGUGGAACAAACAUCAUCAGCGGAUCGGACAUGUACGCUGGGCUAAGUCGUGGACAAUUCCUGUCCAAGACCGGCUCAUGCAAGACUUUUGACGAUGCCGCGGACGGUUACUGCCGAGCCGAUGCUGUUGGAACAGUCAUCUUAAAGCGUCUGGAGGACGCCGAGGCGGAUAAGGAUCCGAUUUUGGGAGUGAUUUUGGCUUCGGCUACGAAUCAUUCAUCUCACGCUGUCUCCAUCACACAGCCUCACGGGCCGACCCAGGAACUUCUGUACCGCACAGUUCUCAGUCAGGCCCGGCUUCGUCCAUCAGAUGUCGACUAUAUUGAAAUGCAUGGUACCGGUACCCAAAUUGGUGAUAGCACAGAAAUGAGCUCUGUCAGCGCUGUAUUUGCCGGUCGCACCCAAAAAGAGCCUCUCAGGGUGGGCUCGGUCAAGGCAAAUAUCGGACAUAGCGAGGCUGCUGCAGGCGUGACAGGGGUACUCAAAGGGCUUCUUAUGUUCAAAAACAGUGCCAUUCCUUCACAUGUUGGGGUGAAAGGACAGUUGAAUCGCAAUUUUCCCUCCCUGGAUGACAAAAACAUUCGCAUUCCUUUCCAAACUGAGCCAUUUACCGAAAGGCAUGACAGGAGACGACGAAUUUUGGUGAACAACUUCGGUGCAGCUGGAGGUAAUACAUCACUGCUCAUGGAGGAGCCACCAACCAGGCCACAGGCUGAAGCAGCCGAAGACCGAUCAUCUUAUAUCGUCGCCGUCUCAGGUAAAAGCUUGACUUCGUUGAAACGAAACAAGGAUCGACUAUCUGCAUUCUUAUCUCAGGACAAACAAGUGUCGCUAGCGGACUUGUCCUAUACAACGACCAGUCGCCGAAUGCACUAUCGUCAUCGUUUCAUGGUUGUCGCAUCCUCCACGCGGGAAGUCCAACAGGCAUUAUUGGACCAAAAGGAAGUUUCCACAACAGAUGCAUCAUCUCUCAUCUUCACCUUCACAGGCCAAGGCAGUAUAUACAGUGGCGCAGCCCAAGAGAUUUUUUCCACCUCUCGUCAAUUUCACUCUGAUAUGGUGGAAUUCGACAGUCUGGCUCGGGCUCACGGGCUACCCUCCUUCCUCUCGUUACUGGAUCCAACUGUCGAACUGGCUUCACUUUCAGCCGUUCAAACUCAGCUGGGGCAGGUUUGUAUCCAAAUGGGCCUAUACCGCUUGUACAGGUCUUGGGGAAUUAUGCCGCGCGCUGUGAUAGGACAUAGUUUGGGUGAAUACGCUGCCCUGUAUGCCAGCGGGGUUCUCACAGUCAGCGACACGAUAUUGGUUGUCGGUCGGCGUGCAGAGCUCAUGGAGCAGCAUUGCACCCCGGGUUCCCAUGGGAUGCUAGCCGUGCGAGCUCCAUACAAAACUGUGCAGGAUUUCAUCCAUCACACAACUGUGGAAGUGGCGUGCAUCAACGGGCCGAGCGAUGUCGUGGUCGGGGGUCCCGUCGAUGAGAUUAAGUGCGUUGCGAGAGAACUCUCCGACAGUGGGAUCAAGUCAAUCCCAUUGCCAGUGCCAUUUGCUUGCCACUCGGCGCAACUCAAUUGCAUUCUAAAACAUUUCGAGGAUGUCAUCCAAGGUGUGGAGUACUCUAAACCUGAAAUUCCGCUUCUUUCCCCACUCCUAGGAAAGGAUAUCAACAAAGCCGGUGUCAUCAAUGCGCAUUAUCUGGCUCGACAUCUUAGGGAAAGGGUGGAUUUUGUGACGGCAUUGAAAAACUCGUCAUUCCUCUCGAAAGAGCCCGGUGUACAGUUUCUGGAAUUGGGCUCUCAUCCACUUUGCUCAGACAUGGUCCGGAAUAUUCUAGGCCAGACGGUGGUACCAUCCUUGCGAAAAGGAGGUGGCUCAUGGAAGGCAAUCACAAAUUCUCUCGCUGCUCUCUAUAUGCAAGGGGUUGAUAUUGAUUGGGGGCAGUAUAACAGAGAUUUAAUUUCUCCCUCAUCAUCCACCUGCUUGUCGACUCUACCUUCAUACGCAUUUGAUGAGAAGAACUAUUGGAUUCCGUAUCAGAACGAUUGGGCCCUUACAAAGGGGGAUAAGCUCUCUCAAUCAAAAGAACCGUUGAAGGGGCCGUCUACAUUCUCGGUACAGCGUCUUCUUAGAGACAAUCUCGAUAAAACCCCUGCUAUCGCAGAGUUUGAGUCUGAUCUUAUGCACCCGGCCCUGCAGGAUGUCAUUGUAGGGCAUGUCAUCAACAAUGUCGGAUUAUGUCCUUCGGGUGUCUUUGCCGAUAUGGCUUUCACGGCAGCCAAGUAUGUUUACGACAAGACAAACAUUGAGUUUGAUGAGUUUUCCAUGGACAUUGUGGAUAUGGAGAUUUUAUCCCCCAUUUCUCUUGAACUAUCUGAGGAAAAGUCUGCUCGACCAAUCCGGAUUUCAGCGACUUUUGCGCAAGACAAAGUCUGCCUCGAGUUCCUCGACAGUACGAAGGCAGACGCCACAUCUAUCUCCUAUGCCAAAUGCACCGUGAUACGGCAGGAUACCGCCAAAGUCCGUCGACAAUGGAACCGGAGUAAGCAUUUCGUAUCAGCGCGAAUUGAUCAUCUUCAAUGUUCAAGCGAUGUACAUCGAUUACACCGCCGCAUGAUAUACAAGGUAUUUGGGGCCGUUGUUGAAUAUUCAGAGCGGUUUCAUGGAAUGGAAGAGAUCCUCAUGAACAGCGAUAAUUACGAAGCAGUCGCUAAAGUAUCAUUCAAGCCCGACACCCUUGUGGAGAACUUUUUCCGAAAUCCAUACUGGGUUGAUAAUCUCACCCAGCUCUCUGGCUUUGUGAUGAACGGGAAUGAAACAAUGGAUUCAUCGAAGACAGUGUAUAUCUCAAACGGGUGGGAAUCGAUGCACCUUGCCGCUCAACUGUCAAGCAAACAGAUCUACACCGUCUACGUGAAAAUGGAGCCCAGCGAGGGCUCAGCCGUUAGUGGCGAUAUGAGCAUUUUGGAUGACCAGCAACAAAUGGUCGGGGUUGUCAAGGGCAUCCGAUUCCAAGCAGUUCCUCGUUCUUUGCUUAAGCUUCUGCUAGCGCCGUCCAAGGGGGUAAGAUCUUCUGCCAAUCCCCAACAGCCACCGAAAAACGAUGUGUCGAACUUUAGCCCAUCUUCUAGUGGGGAUUGGACAUCUUCUUCCACAACGCGGAGCAGUGAAUCUACGAGACACACCUCGCCUGAAACAGCGCGUCCUACAGAAGCAUAUUCACUGGCGCAAAUUGUUCUGAGGGUCUUGUGCGAAGAAAUGGAUGUCAAAAUCGAAGACGUUGAUCACGGUAUGACGUUUUCGCAACUGGGAGUGGAUUCUUUGAUGUCUUUGACUGUCAUCGGCCAUCUAAAGGAGUCGUUCUCCCUCGACAUCUCACCGACACUUUUCCAGCACAAUCACACCAUCAAGCAUCUCAUCGAGACCCUCAAGAAAGACACUACCUACGGUGAUAACUCGAAUGAACCCGAGGCACCAGGAAGAGUUGAUGAAAAGCCCUCGAGCAAUGGCACUCGUCACUCUGCAAGUCAGACAUCUGCACCCCAGCAUCGCUCCACGUCUAUUCUUCUGCAGGGCAACAUCCAAACAGCCAUCAGCAGCCUCUUUCUUUUCCCCGGAGGAUUUGGUACUCCAUCUACAUUUACUCCAAUGCCAUCCAUCCAUCCUGAGCUGGCCCUCUUCGGGUUAACCAGUCCAUUUGCGAACGCCCCCCAAGAGUUUACCGUCAGCAUCCCCGAGAUGGCGGCCCUUUACCUGACAGAGAUACAACGUCGGCAGCCCCACGGUCCCUAUUCAUUCCUAGGGUACUCGGUUGGAGGUAUUAUUGCAUACGAAGCAUCUCGCCAGUUAAUUCUGGCAGGUGAGUCUGUCGAAAGACUCUACCUGGUGGACUCACCAUGUCCCCUCGUCAUUCCGCCGAUGCCUCCCAAUCUGAUCAAGUUCCUUGAUUCAAUUGACCGGUUCAGCGGGGAAUCUAAGUCAGCCGACCACGACAUCUCAGCCGAGCCUAUGAAACCGAUGGGGUCGCUCCAUGUCACGAAGACCCUCAUCAGCCUCGAGACCUAUAUGCCGGAAGCUCUACCCCCCGGGAAGUGCCUGCCUCGAACAACGUACUAUGUUGCCAAGCAAGGCGUGAAUAAUCAGUCGGUUGUGAAACUUCCAGAUGUUUCAGAUAGCGAUAGGAGGGUCAUGACGUGGCUGUUGGAGGAUCGGACCGGGAAUGGUGGGACAGGUGAUGGAUGGGAGUUGCUGGUAGGUAGUGAGCAACUGAAAGUUUUUCCGAUUGAGGGAAAUCAUUUCAAUAUUAUGAAGGAACCCUAUAUUUCUGCUUGGGCCGACGAACUGAGGUCAGCCUAUUGGAUUUGA